AUGUCCGCCACAAAGGUCAUGGUCAUUGGCCUGCUCAUGCAGUUUGCCGCCGUCUUCUCGAGCAUCUACGCGCCUGUCCUGCAGCGGAAAUGGGGCAAGAGCAACCUCGGGCUGCUGGUCCGCAUCGUCCUCGCGGCCCAGGUGCUCCCAGUGUACGCCUGCCUCGGUCUCGUCUUCCCCUGGGGCGGACUGCGAACCGAAUGGGAAAUGUACAUUGCGGCCGUGUGGUUUGGCAUGCUCUACGGGCCGUUCAACUCUUACGCACGCGCCGUGUACGGCGAGCUCAUCCCGCCGGGCCACGAAUCGACCUUCUUCUCCCUGUUCUCCCUCACCGACAAGUCUGCGAGCUUUAUGGGCCCCGCCAUCGUCGGCCUCAUCAAGGACGCCACGGGCAAUAUCCGCCUGGGCUUCCUGUUCCUCGCGACCAUGCUUGCGCUGCCCGUUCCUGUCCUCAUGCGCGUGCGGAUGCGCAAGGGCGGCGAGGAGGCCGUCGCGUGGAGUGCCAAGCGGCUGGGAGUGGACGAGGACGUGGGCGAGGGCGAGGAAGGCAUGGCCGUGGCUGUGCCUCUGGCGGUGGAGUAG